AUGGCUACGGCUGCCGUCUUCGCUGAGCUGAGCGUCUGUGCGAUUCCGGUGGACCUGGACCCCGAAGCGCUCAUUAUGCAUAUACUGAACAACUACAAGACGCAUGUUUCAAUCUACGGCUACGGAUACGGAAACUCGUAUGAAAGACGGUAUAUAGACAUGGUCUCAAGCGCUGAAGCAAACGGUGAGGAGGUGGAGGACGAGGCCGUGAAGGAGCAGGAAAACGGACAAACCGGCACACCCACCUAA